GGCGGGCGGCCGCGCCAUGAGCGCCGAGUGCAGCAGUUACCUCAACGCCGACAAGGUGCUGGUGAGCGGGUUCAGCUGCCCGCGGGCGGGCGGGGACGCCCGCGCCGUGUUCUGCUGCGGCUUCCAGGACGUCAAGUACUGCUGCGAUGACCCCCACAGCUUCUUCCCCUACGAGCACAGCUACAUGUGGUGGCUCAGUGUUGGAGCACUCGUGGGCCUGUCAAUAGCAGCAGUAGUCCUCUUUGCUUUCAUCAUCACCGUGUGUGUUCUCUGUUAUUUGUUUAUCAGCACCAAGCCACGCAGCAAACUGGAUACUGGCUUGAGCUUACAGACAGCAGACAGUGAGGCCAGAGGGAGUUCGAUAUGUUAAAGACAAAGGCACUGAAUGGAUUCUACCAACAUUAUGAAGAAAAGAGAUACAGAGCUGCAUCCACCACAAAACCCCCACCAAAAAAAGCUGUCGAAAGAGCCAAAUGACUUCAAGAGAUUUCCUAAGCCACAAGGAUGGACUGUGACUGUAAGCCACGAGAAACUGACUCUCUCUUCCAGAGUUGUUUCCUGGCUCUUACAACCACUGUCAAUAACCAGAGGCCAAUCUGAAGCUGUGCCAGGAUGUGUUUGUGUAUGGUUGCUAAUAUUGAGAAAUUGUGUGUUUUGAUUUGCACAUGUCAGCUACUGCUGUCAGUCGUUUUCAUACAAGUUGUUGCCACUACCCUGUGCAAUUCCAGUGAGAUAACACAAUUGUCAAGCAAAGGAGAAUUUGGCACACCAUGUUGACCAAGCUUUAAGCUUUCCCUGUGUGCCAUCUCAGUGUGGUGUCUUCAUGUCAUGAACAUGGUUGUCUUUAGCCAAAUGUGACUGUUCAGUGCACAAACCAAUGUGAACAUAGUAUCUCAAUAAAA